CGAAAUCAGCUUAAAAUAGGAAAAGUUAUUAUUUGCCUUUUAACCCCAAUUGUUUACUGAAAUUUCAGAUUGGUCAUAUGUCGGCUUUCAGAAAGAUUCAAAAAAUCAGAAAAAAAUGGCGGGCUAAACACAUCCUCUCUCUCUCUCUCUCUCUCUCUCUCGAUUGAAUCCAAAUCCUCUUUUCACACACUUGUACACUGUGGUUUUUCACGUAGACACAGAUGCAGGGUUCAGGGAAGAGCAAUAUGAGGACGCGGAUGGCGGAAAUGCGGUUAGUAUGCGAGCGAGAAAUUCCCAUUCAGCAGCACAGAAUUGACUCUUUGCAUACUUUAUAUUCGAAUCGUUUCGACUUUGCAAAGUCCGAAGCCCAGCGUACCAUUCAGCUUCAAGAGAAAUUGGGAAAGCUUAAAGGGGAAUUAAGAGAAGCUGAGGAUGCUUUAGUGAAGGCUCUUGCUGUCAAAACUCGAAAAGAGGCAAAGAGGAUGGCGAUAGAGGAGUCUAUAUCUGUUAUGAAAGCUAGAGUUGAAGAGUUAAAAGGAAUUGUGGAAGAUCAAAGGGGAAGAAAAAAUGAGUAUGCUGCUAUAAUAUCUCAACAAUCUGAAGCAUUGACUGCUUGUAAAGACAAGUGUAAUCAGAACAAAGAACACAGGGAGCAAAUAGAAGAGGCUAUUUCAUGGUAUAACAAGGUCCUUGGUUUCCGCAUUGAAUGUGGUCAUGGUGUAAAGUUCAUAUUCUCUAGCAUUAAUCCAAAGAACCCAAAUGAGGAGUACUCAUUUAUCAUUCGCCAUGAGAAUGAGAAAUACACGUUGCUUAACUGCGAUCCACAUUUGAGUGACACAAAAGAGCUGGUUUAUGAGUUAAAUAAAACCAAUGGACUGUUCAAAUUUGUCAGAACCAUGAGAGAGAAGUUUCAAGAAGCUGUGGCACGUGGAAUUACUCUGCAUGGAUCGUCUCUUGAUCAAGACUCUUCAAUAGUUUCCCUUUCUGCUCCAGUAGCUUCAGUUUCAAGUGAUCACAGAUACGAAUCUCCGCUCAAGGAAAAGGGACUUCAAUUUUCUGAAUCUAACAGCAAGUCAAGAAAAGUUGGCAAAGGACACAUAGUUCACUCGCCCGGAUCUGCCUCUUCUCUUCGCCGUUCCUCACGUUUGAAGGGUAAGAAUUGAAAGUGAUCUCAAUCACAUCUCCCGACCUGCUCAUUCUACCAUCAGUUUUGUUUAAGCAUUUGAGGUGGCCCAGCUCGUUUACAGAAUUACUGCAGUAGCGAAUGACUUAAGUAAUGCACCAUCACAGAGGCCCCAUUAGUGUGCUAUAGAGCUCUGAUGUAGUAUGUUGUAACUUGUCUUGAACUGUCAAAGGACUAUGUUAGCCUUUACUCAAUUGAUGUAAUUAAGUUGAUUUUUCUGAUUUUCUCUUUAUAUAUUGUACUGAUGUUUGCUCGAGUGUACUAAUACCCCACGUAAAUUAGAAUAAAGUGUAGCUAGAAUUUGGAUUAUUGUGCAGCGACAGAUUCCUUAUUGCCAUGAA